GGUGGCCCAUUUGGACACUGUGGGUACUGUUGGCAGAGUUUCCACCCCUGGGCGUCCCAUAUAUAUUGAGCUCAUCGUGCCAUCACAAACACACUGGCACAGACAGUUUCAUCUUUGCCGAUUUGUUCAUUAUGGCCACAGACCACCAGAACCCUGCAUCCAAGCAGCAGCAGCCAGGCACCAGUGCAUUCAAGCUGAUCAUCUAUGAACAGGAAAACUUCCAGGGACGCUGCCAUGAGCUGACUGGUCCCUGUAACAACCUCCAGGAAGCAGGCGUGGAGAAAGUGGGCUCCAUACUGGUGCUGUGUGGACCAUGGGUGGGAUACGAGCAGGCCAACUGUAAGGGGGAGCAGUAUGUGUUUGAGAAGGGGGAGUAUCCUCGCUGGGAUUCCUGGACCAACAGCAGGCGCAGUGACACCAUUGUUGCAUUCCGCCCCAUUAAAGUGGACAGCCAGGAGCACAAGAUUGUCCUUUACGAAAACCCCGGCUUUGCUGGGAAGAAGAUAGAAAUCAUUGACGAUGAUGUCCCCAGUUUUCACGCACAUGGCUACCAGGAGAAAGUCUCCUCUGUUCGGGUGCAGAGCGGCACCUGGGUGGGCUACCAGUAUCCAGGCUACAGAGGCUAUCAGUACCUGUUUGAAAAGGGGGAGUACAAGGACAGCUCCGAGUUUGGGGCCCAGAUCCCUCAGAUCCAGUCGGUCCGGCGCAUCAGAGACAUGCAGUGGCAUCAGAGGGGUGCUUUUCACCCCGUCAAUUAAGUUUGUGACUCUUUUCCUCACAUGAAUCCUGACCUCAGUGGCUUUCCUGCCUUUCAGCAGCACCCACCCUUCUCCCGGCUCCUUUUGUCCUCCCUUUACACCUGACAACAUUUUGAUGUCUAUUGCAGCUGUUGCAGUAAUU